AUGGAACGUGCUGAGGUUGAGGUUGAUGUGGUGGUCGUUGGCGCGGGCGUGAGCGGGCUUGCCGCUGCGCGCCGUCUUGCAGACAGGGGCAUCAAGUGUGUCGUGCUAGAGGCACAAGAUCAGCCCGGAGGGCGUCUCUGUCCUCGAGAGGUGGAGGGGUUUGGUAAGCUGCAGUUUGGAGCACAGUUCAUCCACGGAGCAAACACGUUUGCUUACAAGUGGCACAAGGAGCAUGGCUACAACCUCGUUGCCGAGACCUACCCACACACGCUGUACACGAAGGAAUCAGGCUUUGUUGAUCUGACGGCGGCCGUGGAUGAUGCGGACGUAAAUGCGGCACUGGAUGCACUGGAUGCGCUGCCGAUGCUGGCGGAGGAGCAGCGCCACAGCACAGACGUGACCCAGCUGCUGUCCACGCACCUUGCGGGGCUUGGGCUGAACGACCGCGCCACGCGCAUCGUGGAAGCGCUGCUGUGCUCAGACCGCAACUGCGACCUCACCACCACGCGUGCGCUGGACUGCAGCAUUGCAGAGCGAGAUUGGCCGCACGGGUGUGAGGACUUCUGGAUGCCGGCUGACGACGCGUAUGUGCGCUCGCUCGCCCACGGCCUCGACGUGCGAUGCGGGCAUGCCGUGACGCGUGUGGAGGAUCACGUUGAUAAGCGGGGCGCUGUGGUGACGGCAGCCUUGACCAUGCCAUAUGUCCAGCAGCACCAACACAUGGAACAGACACAGAAGCAAGAUCACGAGCAGCACCAACAGCAGCAGCAGCAGCAGCAGAAGCAGCAGGAAGUUGUGUUUCGGGCGAAGCACGUGUUGCUGACGUGCUCCGUUGCUGUGUUGCAGCGUGGUUUGAUUGCGUUUGAUCCACCGCUCCCGGCGUGGAAACAGAAUGCAAUCGCCGCCGUCCAGGCAGGACCGCUCAUGAAGGUCUUCCUGCGUUUUGAAACGACGUUUUGGGGCAAUGAGCACUCGUUCAACACGCCAGAAGGGCCUGCUCCAGAAAUGUGGGCCCACCAGGACGGCGUGCCCGUGAUGACGUGCUUCGUCCCCGCCCGCUGGCGACAGCGCUUGCUGCAGCUCGAUGGAACUGAUGCGGCCAUGCCUGGGUCGUUCGCUGCAGACUGUUGGGACGGCCUCAUCCUCUGGCAGCGCGCCGCCGUCACGGCGCUGUUACAGCAGCUGCACGAGAUGUUUCCCCGUGAAGACAUUGUGUGCACACGUGCGCUCUUCUUCGACUGGGGAUCCGCCCCAUACGUGCACUGCGGGUACACCGCCCCCACGAGCACGUGCGCGGACCGCCGGCGUCUCGCCAAGAGCACGGGGCGCCUCCACUUUGCUGGCGAGGCGACGAGCGUGCACCUCGACGUGUCCAUGCAGGGCGCCAUUGAGACUGGAGAGGAGCGUGCCGAUCUUCUCUGCCAACUCCUGACCUCGUGAACAACACGCGACACGACCGCAUCCCACCCUCAACCCUACACGGGACCACUCAUGACCCUUCCCGACCUACCUUGACUGCCUACACGGAAGACGUGUGCUGACGCUCUCUCGUGGCUUUUGUUGCUGUUGCUAAUGCCUUGUGACCUAGAUGACAUGUAUGUGACCCCUUGCCUAGCCUUCUGAG